GACCGAGAGGUUUUCCCGCGCUGUCAAUGUUUCGGCGGGAAAACGGCGACAGACUGUAAAAAACAGAGUAUAAAAUAUUUUCACGUAUACGUCACGCGAAUUAUUGUAUGUUACAAGCGUAUACGUUUCUUAUUUCAGUUGCUUUUGUAAAGGCAUUCAAGGCUCUCCAUUUAUAAGUGCAGAAUUUUUUUAACUUUGUUAAAUAUGAGUUAUUUAGACAAAGUGGUUGGACGUAAUAAAAUAGCUAGUGAAAAGUGUGGCUAUGAUAAUGCUGGAUUUAUUAUGACAGAAAAACAUGCCUGGCAUUCAGGGAAGCAGACACAAGCAAACAACGGCAUGGCAGAGAUCGGAGUGUCGCAGGCGGCGCUGGUGGAGCCACGCGGAGAGGGAGGCCGCAAGCUGCCCCAGUACAUCGCAGCUUUGACGGCCACUCUGGGCGCAUUGGCUGCCGGGUCUAUGCUCGGCUGGUCUUCUCCGGUCAUAUUCAAAAUCACGCAAGCCAACAGCACCGAUUAUGAUUUCGAUGUCUCACAAUCCCAGGGCGACUGGGUGUCCUCGCUCAUCAACCUCGGCGCCGCAGCUGUCUGCUUCCCCAUCGGACUCAUCAUGGACGCGCUGGGACGGAAGAAGACCAUGUUGUGUCUCGUUGCUCCUUUCACAUUGGGUUGGCUUCUCAUUACCUUCGCGACUAACGUUGGAAUGCUCAUGGCUGGAAGAAUCAUCACCGGUAUAGCCGGUGGAGCCUUCUGCGUAACCGCCCCUGCUUACACCAGUGAAAUAGCGCAGGACUCCAUCCGCGGCACUCUCGGCAGCUACUUCCAGUUGAUGAUCACAGUCGGUAUUCUCUUCUCUUACGUCGUAGGAAGCUACACCACUGUAUUCGUCUUCAACAUUCUUUGUACCAUCAUUCCUAUUAUAUUUGGUAUAGUAUUCUUCUUCAUGCCCGAAAGUCCUAACUUUUUAGUGGUGAAGGGCAGGAACGAUGAAGCGAAAGACGCUCUUAUCAGACUCCGAGGUAGGAAUUACGACGUCGAUUCCGAAUUGGAUACCCUGAUCAACAAAGCUGAAGAGGCGAAAAACAACCCGGUGUCAUUUCUGUCCGCUAUCACAAAGAAGACGGCGCUAAAAGCUAUUCUUAUCUGCUACGCAUUGAUGUUGUUCCAGCAACUAUCUGGUAUCAACGCCGUAAUCUUCAAUACAUCCGCCAUCUUUGCUAGCGCCGGUGCGGCCAUCCCGAGCGCGAUUGCCACUAUCAUUAUUGGCGUGAUCCAAGUAGUAGCUACCUUUGUCUCCAGUUUGGUGGUUGAUAAACUGGGCAGAAGAGUCCUCCUCCUGUUCUCUGCGCUAGUCAUGUGUGUCUGCUCCACCGCUCUAGGUGUAUUUUUCUUUAUGCAAGGCGUCCACGGUCCCGAAUCGUCGAUCGUACAGUCAAUGUCCUGGCUGCCUUUGCUGUCUCUUUCCCUGUUCAUUAUCGCUUUCUCUCUGGGCUUCGGUCCCAUCCCCUGGAUGAUGGCGGGCGAGCUCUGCUUGAUUGAUAUCAAAGCUUUCGUCGGCUCCACCGCCGGAACUCUCAACUGGCUGCUCAGUUUCACGGUCACCAGCACCUUCAACUCGUUGAACAAAUCGAUCGGACAGGGACAAGUUUUCUGGAUGUUCGCCGGCAUUAUGCUCGUAGGCUUUCUAUUCAUCUUCUUCGUCAUACCGGAGACGAAAGGAAAGAGCGUAGACGAGAUCCAAAUAAUGUUAGGCGCGGAACCCCAGACGCAGAGCAAUUCUAACACCACAAAAAAAUAAACCAAUCAAAGAGACUGAAUGGAAGAGUAUUUUUAUAUAAAGACUUACUAAAUGUUAGUCUAUGAUUGGCUAAUUGUUUCUUUGGUGUCACAAUUGUGCUACGAAAAGCAAUAUUUUUGUCUAUGCGUUACCAAAGAUUUGUCCUCUGUCUGGAUUUUGCAUUCCACUGUCGACACCUAGAUUAAGGAAAUGGUAGGUUAUUUUUUAGUGUAAUUUGUAAUGAUAGCAAAUAUGUUAAGGCAGCUGAUUUGAUAUCCAUUUUUAAUAUCGACUUAUAUGGUAUAUUGCUUUGUAUGACCCUUGUGCUAGAAUUGUGUGUGUACAUUCUGACAUUUGGGUAUGUUUUGUAAAAUAAAGAUGUUUUUAUCCGUGAUUGUAAGUAAUCGAUGAAAUCAUAUCACAGAAAGAAAUAAUGUAAAUACGAUUUUAAAAAUUACUUUUUUAUAUAUUUACUUAUUAUUAUUUUAACGAAUUUAUUUACAGGAUAAUAGAAAAUGCCAUAAAUGUUAGCAUAAUAAUGAUAUUGUAUAUUUGUAUUAAAUCAAUUGAAAUUAUUUUUUAACAUAUUUUAAUGCCAAGUUAUUUAUUUUUAAAAAUAUAGACAUUUGUGAUUUUAAAUUAUUUGACGUAAAAAAAGGCGCGAAAAUUCUUUUCGUUUCAAAUAUAUUAGUAUUAACUUAAUUUUAGGUGCAUAACAAUAAUGGUUUCAACGAAUUUCAAAUUACAAAUAUUGUAGAGAUGAAUUAGGCUGUUUGCACACUAAAUUUGGGCAUGAAUUUUUCAAAAUUAUCUAAGUUUCUCGUUUAAUGUAAAUUGACACAAUACCAUUGUAUUUAACUAUUAAAGUCAGUGUCUACGCAUCCUAAUGAUGCAAUAAUAAUGAGAUUAUUGUUAUGUAAACUGAACAUGAUGUAAGUAAAUAAUAAUUUGACGUAAUGAACGUCAAAAAUUAGUGCUUGCCAACGCUACGCGAAUGUCACUGUUUGUAAAGCUCCUAAAGCAAAAACAAUCACUGAAAUUUUAAAAUAUUAGUUUUUAUUUGGAAUUAAGACAAAGGCCUUUUUAUUUUAGUACAAAGUUAGGAGGAGACGUAAAUUGUGAAUAAAGGAAUCUUAACUGCAAAGUUGUAACACCUUUCUUAAAAAAGUAUGUUUUAGAAAUGCAAAUAAAGUUCGAAAGGUAUGUAAAAUAAAACGAGACAUGCGCAGGCCACAUUAUUUUGUUAAUAUGAUUUAUAGCAGAUGUAAUAAACUCGCAAAGCAAAUGUGAAUAUUGUUAUUGUUUGCAGUUAUUUGUAGAUUUUAAUAAAUGUAUGAAACUUUA